AUGUCAUAUACAACACGAUGAUUAUUUAGUACAUCACACAAAGAUAUUGGUAUUUUAUACCUAAUAUUUGGUAUGAUAAGUGCUAUGGUAGCAACAUCUAUGUCCGUUAUAAUUAGAUUAGAAUUAUCAGGGCCUGGUUCUCAAUACUUACAUAAUAAUAAUCAAGUGUAUAAUGUUCUUGUAACAGGACAUGCAUUAGCUAUGAUUUUCUUAUUUGUUAUGCCUGUAUUAAUUGGGGCUUUUGGUAAUUUUUUCUUACCAAUUAUGAUUGGAGCUGUUGACAUGGCAUUUGCAAGAUUAAAUAAUAUCAGUUUUUGAUGCUUACCACCAGCAUUAGUAUGUAUAAUUGGUUCUGUACUAAUAGAGUCGGGAGCCGGUACGGGAUGAACUGUUUACCCACCUCUAUCAGCUAUUAGUGCACAUUCUGGACCAUCAGUAGACUUAGCUAUCUUUGCUAUCCACCUUACAAGUAUUUCAUCAUUAUUAGGUGCUAUUAACUUUAUUGUUACAACACUUAAUAUGCGUAGUAUUGGAGUACAUAUGAUAGACAUGCCAAUGUUUGUAUGAGCUAUAUUCUUUACAGCCUUCUUAUUAUUAUUAUCAUUACCUGUAUUAACAGCGGGGGUUACAUUAUUAUUAAUGGACCGUAACUUUAACACAGGAUUUUAUGAUGUAGCAGCAGGUGGAGAUCCAAUCCUAUACGAACAUUUAUUUUGAUUCUUUGGACACCCAGAAGUUUAUAUCUUAAUUAUCCCAGGAUUUGGUAUUAUUUCACAUGUUAUUUCUACAUAUAGUAAAAAAGAAAUCUUUGGUCAUGUAGGAAUGAUUUAUGCUAUUGCAAGUAUUGGUCUUUUAGGUUUCUUAGUAUGAAGCCAUCAUAUGUAUACAGUAGGUCUAGAUAUUGAUAGUAGAGCUUACUUUACUAGUGCAACUAUGAUUAUUGCAGUGCCAACAGGUAUUAAAAUCUUUUCUUGAUUGGCAACUUUAUAUGGUGGUGAGUUACGUUUAGCUGUUCCAAUGUUAUUCGCAUUAGGAUUCCUAUUCUUAUUCACUGUCGGAGGUUUAACAGGAGUUAUGCUAUCUAAUGCCUCUAUUGAUGUGGCCUUCCAUGAUACAUACUAUACAGUUGGUCACUUUCAUUAUGUAUUAUCAAUGGGAGCUUUAUUUAGCCUUAUUGCUGGAUACUAUUAUUGAGGUUAUGCCAUGUUUGGUUUAAACUAUAAUAAAGUUUUAGGUGAAGCUCAUUUCUGAUUAUUAUUUAUCUCUGUAAAUGUUAUCUUCUUACCAAUGCACUUCUUAGGUCUAAAUGGGAUGCCUAGACGUAUUCCACAAUACCCAGAUGCAUUCUUAGGUUGAAACGUUAUUAGUUCUUGAGGAUCAGUAAUGUCUGUUAUCUCUGUAAUUGUAGGACUUUAUAGUAUCUUAAUUCAAUUAACUGAAGGUGAAAACAUCACUCGUGAAGCUGCUGUUACACCUGAUUACUUAGAGUCAAAUAAUACAAGAGAAACACGUGAUUCUGACUUAGAAUUAAUCCUAUCUAAACCAGCACAAUAUCAUACUUACUCUGAAUUACCUAUCUUAAUAGAAAGAGUAUAA